UUUCCAGGCCUCAGAGCUCUCCAGAAGACCUGAAGGUGCUAACGGGGAAUGUCAACCGGUUAAACGAAAGCUUCCGGGACCUCCAGAUGAAGGUCCUGCAGCAACCAUUCAAAGGGGACUUCCUGGACCACAUCUGGCGCCUGCAGGACCUUCUCCAGAACCACUCUGACUCUCUCCUGCUGAUGACCAGCUCCCUUCAGAAGCUGGAAGGGGCCCUUGGGAGCCUGCGGUCCCAAGCGGAUCAGACGGACCGGGCAGUCUCCGUCCUACGGGAGGCUUUGAACCAGCAAAGUGACUUGGCACAGAUGGAGAUCUACAAGGUCUCCGUGGAGGGGAACAGCAGCCGUCUCCUCCUGAGGCACCACGAGGGCUUGCUGACGCAGCUGGCGUCCCGGGUGGAGGGCUUGAGCGACCAGCUGACCAUGGUGGGAGGGGAGGUGGGCAGCAUGAACCGGACCCUGUCCUACGAUGUGGGCAUCCACCACACCCGCAUCCAGGACCUGCAGGUCCUGAUCAGCAACGCCAGCGAGGACGCCCGCCAGAUGCGCCUCGUCCACAUCGCCAUGGAGCAGCAGCUCAAACACGAGCUGGCCAUCCUCAACAACGUGACUGAGGACCUGCGACUCAAGGACUGGGAGCACUCCAUCGCCUUGAGGGACAUCUCGGUCAUACGAGGGCCACCUGGACCGAAAGGGGAUCAAGGCAACGAAGGGAUGGAAGGGGAGCCUGGUCCUCCUGGCCUACCUGGCCUGCAAGGAUUCCCUGGCGAAAGAGGACCUAUGGGGCAGCGUGGGCAAAAGGGCGACCCAGGAGACAUUGGCCCACGAGGUAUGCCAGGGCCACGUGGAGUUGCAGGUGACCGAGGCCCAAAGGGGGAGAAGGGGGAAAGAGGAGACCGAGGCGGAGAAACAGCCGCUGCUUCCGAGGAGGGGAUUAUCCGCCUGGUGAACGGCUCGGGCCCCCACGAGGGGCGGGUGGAGGUUUAUCACGACCGGUCGUGGGGAACCGUUUGUGACGACGGCUGGGACAAGAAAGAUGGAGAUGUGGUGUGCCGGAUGCUGGGCUUCCGAGGCGCAGAAGAGAUUUACAGGGUGGCCGUCUUUGGGCAAGGGAAAGGACGUAUCUGGAUGGACGACGUGGCCUGCAAGGGGACGGAGGAGAGCUUGCUCCAGUGCAGCUUUUCCAGCUGGGGGAAAACAAACUGUGGUCAUGCUGAAGACGCUGGCGUGAAAUGCUUGACUCCUUGAGGGGGGAAGCUUGGCAUCCAAAGAGCAAACGGAGGAGCCUGUUGGAGAGUAAAUGACGUGACCUCAGAGAGGCUGGCCCGUAAUUGCAGGCACCUUUCCUUUCUGCCGUCUCCUGGCUCCCCCUCAGAGGAACAGGGGGGUGGCGGCAUCUCAGCCUUUUCUGUCUCUCAGGUCUUGCUUGUAGAGUCUACUGUAACGUUUCUGUCUACCCUGUGAGUGUACCAUCUUUGGUGCCCGCGUUCUCCACCGAUCUGUAGCGCCAUGGGGAGGAGGCACCAGGCUUCCCCCAAAUUGUAUUGCUCCCCUUUCCUUGUAUGUAUAGACCAAAGCUCCGGGGCGGCCAGCCAUUUAAGCCUCGCUUUUUUGGCGGAACUGCCGGCACUAUAUGGACUUGGAGUCGCUGGUGGUGUCGAUCCCUUUCCGGCGAGCGUGAUGCGGCUCCCCGAGACACGGAGACAUGCCUGGUGCAGGGAGUAGCCGAGCAGCUGUGGACAUAAUCUGUUUGCUUACUGAGCUGCAGAUGCGUUGCUUUCUUAAUGAUAGAAUAAAGGAUAUUGGUGUGA